AUGAGCUCCCAGUCUGUAUUAGACGAAAUUAAGCAAAAAAUAUCAAGCGAAAAGAAUGCAGACGACUUGCUCAAUACCGUAGUUAAGGAUUUUAAGAUUUUUGUUAACCUAGACGGACUUUAUCAAAUUUCGGCCGAUAUCUUAAGUCAAGUGAUCACUAAAGUUGGUUCCCUAUCUGAUGACGUACAGAAGACUUUAGAGCAAAAAAUUAAUGCCAGUUAUCCUCAGGCCGAAGCUCAAAAAUUACUAUCAAUCGUUAAAAAUCUUCCUAAAUCAAGCUCCGAAAACUCACGGAGUGAUGUACAAAGCAUUCCUAAAUCGCCCUCACAAAACAGUGUCGGUGGGUCAUCACAGCCAUUUGAUUAUGAUUGGUUGAUCACCGACUGGGAUAAAAUCGAGAAGGAAGCCAUAUCCCCCGAGUUUACUAUUGAUAAUCUGAACUUCUACAUGAAGUGUACAAAGCCCUCCACCCCGACACAGUUCUUAUCUGUUAAAGUCGUACUGAACACUGCACCUGGAGGACCCAAAACGCAUCAAUUCCAAAUCACUCUGAAAAAUACUACAGCUGGAAAGUCAGUUACUAAGAUGUCUACGAAAGCUUUUGGAAAAAUCAAUGCAUAUGAAACUUACAUGAUGGCGCAAAACAAAUUCAUCAACGGAGAUGAUGGAUUUGUCGAUAAUAACACCAUCCUCAUCCAUCUGCAUCAUCCUGUUUCGGUUCCAAAGAAAGCCCCUCUACAGCCAAAGACACAACCAACACAACAACCGCAGCAACACUACGUACCGAGAGAAAAAGUCCCAACGCCGCCACCUGUUCUUCCGCCACAACAACCUGAAAAAUCAUCAAAAGAAUUGACAGGCUGUGUAGGCAUUCGAAACCAAGGAGCGACAUGCUACAUGAAUUCUCUUUUACAGAGUUUGUUCCAUUUGCCUGCUUUCCGUCGCAUUGUCUAUCAUAUGCCAACGACAGGCACCGAAGACCCCUCAAAGUCAAUACCGCUUUGUCUGCAGCGCCUGUUCUGCCAGCUACAGUUAAGCGAACAUGCAGGUUCUACGAUAGAAUUGACAAAAAGUUUCGGAUGGAACCAAAGAGAGACAAUGCAACAGCAGGACGUACAAGAAUUCUGCAGAGUAUUAAUGCAGACGCUAGAAUACAAGCUUAGCCAUACGGAUUUAGCAACAGCGAUUGAUAAUUUGUUUAGAGGUCAUACGAGAACAUAUAUCAGAUGCACGGAUGUCGAUUUCAAAAAAGAAAUUAUCGAGGAUUUCAAGGAUUUAAGCUUGGUUGUUAAAGGAUGCAAGACAUUACGCGAAUCUUUACAAAAUGAGCUUGCUCCUCAAGAUAUGGACUCUUUAUACGAAACAGAUGAUUUCGGAAAACAGAAAGCUGUCAUGGGAACAGAGUAUAUGGAUUUCCCUUCAGUUUUACAUAUUCAUUUACGUAGAUUUGCAAGAGAUUAUGAACGAAACACUUCAGUUAAAAUCAACGAUUACUUUGAGUUCCCUGCCGAACUCGAUCUUGGCGAAUUUCUCGCUAAAGACGCAGAUCACUCGAAAUCCAACAUUUACGACUUAUACGGAGUACUUGUACACUCAGGUGGUUCAAUGUGUGGCCACUACUACGCAUUCUUGAGGAUAUCUCAAGAUCCACAGUGGUACAAAUUUGAUGAUCAAAAUGUAACAAAAGUUUCAGCGGACGAAGCCAUCAAAAACAAUUACGGUGGCAUGGAUGGUACUCAUGAACGCUCUUACAGUGGUUAUAUGCUCAUCUACGUUCGUAGAGAAGAUGCUCCAGUUAUAUUUGAGCCAAUUCCUGACGAAACAGUUCCCAAACACCUCAGAGAAUACUACGAAUACACACAGACGAACAAAGGUGCUGAUCAUGGCCCGAUCGAGAUCAAUUUAACUUCAGAAGAUAUUUUGAAGUCAAAUUGUCAAAAAUGGAUCACCGGAUUCAUGGGACAGAGUCAACAAGCGAUCCAUCUACCCCGUGAAAAGCCUCUUUCCUCCCUUUACGAAUCCGCUGCCCAAGUAUUGAACAAAGACCCCUCAAAAAUCAGGAUUUGGAAGUGCCAGCCUUAUUCUAUUCCUAAAUCCAUUGUUGUGCCAAGCGAUCAGCCACUUAGUUCACAGUUCCAAGGCGGUUCUUACGCAUUCAUCCAAGAUUUGUCAGAAAAUGAAAAAAUUGAACUUGAUAACGUACAAAAACUGACAGUUUUUAUGAAAUUUUUCUUCCCUGGCGAUCAACCGUUUUUCCAUUACAUUGGUGCAGCUUAUCCUCUUCCUGAAACACCACUUGAAGACCCUGCAAUUCAAGCAUGUGAAUCAGUAGGACUUCCAAAAGAAACACCUUUAUUAUGCUUCCAAGAAACUGUUCAGAAAACUGCUGUUUUAGUUUCCUCGAACAAUUUAAGUGAAGCAGCAUGUGGAGCAGGAGCAAUUCUUGUCUGGCAAGUUGUUCCUGGUACUGAUGUUCCUAUUUCAAGAAUCGAAUUAGAAAAAACAAACAAAAACUUAGAUCAUGUUUCAAGAUCAUCAUCUUUGAAUGAAAUGAGUAAUUUACAGAGUAUUUUGUAUACAGAUGUUUAUCCUGAAUCAAGACCAAUAACAGUUGAUCAGUAUUUGGAGAGAAAAUUACAUCAAAUACGUGUAGUUUUGUGUAAUGUUGCAACUCCAAAUCAACCAUCCGCUGUUGUUAAAUUCCCUUCAAAUCUGAGAUGGAAUGGUGUCAAACAGUUCAUUGCGAGUGCAUUGAAAUUGGAGUAUUCACCACAAGAAGAUUCAAUGAGAUUGUUCAAGAGACAACCUGGAUUUAAUUUACCAAUGAAAACUCCUAUCAACGCGAAAUUGACACCUUCAAUGGCUUCUUUAAUUGCUUGUGAAGAUACAUCGAGUUCUCUUCAAAAAGAAACGAAACAAGAACAUAAAGAACAUCCAUGGCUUUAUUUCCAAUUGUUCAAAGGAAUUCCUGAAGCAUCGAAUUCAACGAUGACAAACUUUUCUGUCCAGUUUUCAGCUGAUUCAGUUAAAGUUGACACGACAUCGCAAUUGUUGAUGCCAAGUACAUGUCCAAUAAGAGAGAUUGCGAACGAAAUGGUCAAUAGAUGUCUCAUGGCAAGAGCGACAAAUCUGAGAGCUCUUCACAUCAACUAUCACAAGAUUCUUGGUAUUUUGGAUCUCCAAGAACCAGCUCCUUCUAAUUUUGGAGAUUCAAUCAUCAGAUUCGAAGUUACUCCAAUAGAACAGACAGAUCUCAAAGAAGAUGAACACUUGGUUAGUGUUGUUCGUGGUUACAUUGAUAAGUUCGAGAUGCCAAGACUUGCUGCGGAACCUUUCUUGUACAUGAUCAAUGAGAAAGAUUCACUUAAAUCUAUAAAAGAAAGUUUGCUUGACUGGGCAGGAGUUUUGAAAGUACAACAAGAUGCUUGUAUUCUUCACAUCAUCAAAGAUAAGAAGAUAAAGAAAGAUGUAACAGACGAACAACCAAUUUGGCCAGAAAUGAAGAAAUCUUCUAUUCUUAUCAUUGAACCAUCAAUGCCUAGGUCUUCAUCAAUGAUGAGAAGUGGCAAUCUUCCUCUUCAACGGAAGAAUGAUUCUUCUGUUCGUAUUUUGAACUGA